UUACUUAUAUAUAUAAAAACUUAUUUUUAUAAUUGUAGAAAAGGACGCCUCUCCUCUCCUUCGUCACAGCCAAAAUCCAUCGACAACCAUUCCCUUCAUACUCUUCCCAUGGCAUUGAACAGCAUGCUCCGGCACCGCCUCUUCGCUCGCUUUGGCUCUACCCACGCCGGUCCGAGCCGGUGGACGAGCCCAGGCCACCAAGAGAAGCCCAGUGGCUACCUAUUCAACCGGACUCCACCACCACCUGGGCAGUCACGUAAAUGGGAAGACUGGGAGCUUCCCUGCUACAUCACCAGCUUUUUGACGGUCGUGAUUUUGGGCGUUGGACUUAACGCCAAGCCUGAUCUCACCAUCGAGACCUGGGCACACCAGAAAGCCCUUGAACGCCUUCAGCUGGAGAAAUCUGAGUGAUCGAUUGUGUGAGUGUUUGGAUUUGCGACCUCGUGGCUUUUAAAUUUUGUUGAUAAGACUGAUAUUUUCUUUAGUUGAAUAAGGGUUUUUUAUGAACUUGAUAACUGGUUGAAUUUCAACAACGUUAUUACUUGUGCCUCUAUAUUUAUGGUUACAUUAUUUACAUGGGGAAUUACAUGAAUUUAUAAAUUACUCGUUCUUUA